GAGCUCAGCAAUUUUGUUUAUUGUCCAUCAUUGAAAUUCCAUAUCUUAACCGUUUUGAGACUGAAAGGAACAGUUCUACCCAAGCCAUUUUAGUUUCGUUUCGUCGAAAGAUACCAAGAAAGAGAAAGUAGAGUUUUCCUCCUGUGCAAGAAAUUUCAGUUGUGCACUUUGUGUGCCAAACUAAGAGAGUAUGGACAAAAUGUGAAACACUAGCUUUCUUUUCUUGAGUCUGCAUUGCGUGACAAAACUGAUAAAAACAAUGUCACAGUAUUACCAUUUCUCGGAAAUCUUGUAUUCGCCGAAUUAUCACCCUGAAACAAACAACGUUUGCUGAUAACCGAGAACUGAGCUUUUGGAGAAGAAAUAGUUCAGAAGGUUGAGACAUUAUGGCUGAUAGGUCGAAUAAGACCAUUUGUCUCUUCAAUUGCGAUGGAACGUACAACCUAGAUGUUGUUAAAGCCUUCCUGAUGGAAAUGAAUGAGAAACACGGCUUCAACUUCGCAAUUGGGAAGCACAACUUUGGAUUGCAACAAAUGACUGAUUUUUGUGAAAACACAAUUCCUCAAAUUCACAUGGAUUAUGCUGUUUUUGCCUUACACGCGCACGAGUCUCGUCUCUCGAUCAACGAAGAUAAUGCAGGGAUUGGCUACGCGAAGGUCUAUAGAGCUUUGUUAGAGGCCACAAAGAACAAGGUGUUGAUAGUCAUUGGCGGAGAUAACAAAUACAGAAAUGACGACGAAGAAGAACGGGCUGUUAUCUCACGCUGGGCACGAGGGAAAGUGGCGUCACAGUUUGCUGAGGAGUAUCUUGAUGGAAGAAUAAGCUUCAUUUUUUCUUGGAACAAGGGGCAUAGAGAAAUCCAUGAGGAGGCACUGUUGCAUUUCUUUGAUCCAAGCAAACAUGGUACAAAGUUUGAACACCAACCCAGACAAAAACCAACUAACGACCGCGAGGAAUCGCGUGGAAAUACCAAGGUAAUACCUCUGAAAAAAGGAACUACAGAGAAAGAAAAAUCCACAAGUGAGACGGAAGUUGAGGAUAAGAGACGUGGAAAUGGAGAGAGAGAAAGGACAUGGGAAAAAGAGACUAAUAAGUUGAGGGGUCCCCAAGAACGACACAAAUACGGAGCCGUGAGCCCUUAUUACCCGGCAGGCACUGUUCAGCGAAGGGGUGAAUGGAAGCCUUCUGAGACUCAUGUAUCGGAUCUGAGGGCAAAACAGUUUACUGAACCCAGUUCGGUGCGGUUUUCUGCAACAGGCAACGGUGGUAUUAGCAACACAGUAUUACCCACAACUUGGUGGCGCAGAUGUAUAGAUUUCUUUAGGAUGUGUUGUUCUUGUGGUUGCAUUCAUGACGAUUAAGAGCAGUAAUAAAUUUGCAGACCUUCGGCAUAUUGUCAAUCAAGAAAUCUGCCACUUGUCGCCAAAUGUUUUAGCCUGCUGAUUUUAAAGUUAACCGCGUGACUAACACAUCUGAUAUCAAUCUGUAACCAUUCUUCUUAUAAGCUUAGCAUUUACAAACGAAAGUGUCAUGGCAGAUAUGAAAGAAAACGAUUAUUUAAUCACUUUCACCAGAGUGUGGUGAGGGUCGCACAACAGAGCGAGGCUCCAAUUUAAGUGCGCCCAAUA